AUGGAUAUUAAUGAGAAAAAUAUAAUUUUUGGUGGUGAACAAAAAACAGAUUUGGUUAAAUUUUUUGGUUCUCUCGGAAAUUAUUUGUUGUAUGAACUUAGCAGGAAUAAGGAUAAAGUUGCAAUUAUUGAAGGUGAAACUGGGAAGGAAAUAACGUACGGAGAAAUUAAGGAGAAAGCCCUCAAUUUAGCCAAGUUUUUCAGUGAAAAUGGAGUUAAAUCAGGAGAUGUGAUUGGAAUUUGCAGUGAAAACUGCAAUGAAUUUAUCUUUACAGUGUAUGGAGCUAUUUUUGCAGGUGUUACAGUAGCACCUAUUAAUUUUUCCUACACGGAAGAUGAAUUUAAACACGCUUUUCAGCUGAUAAAGCCUAAAGUUGUUUUCGCAACACGAUUUAAUAUUAAAAAGAUCAUCAACAUCGUCAAAGAAUGUCCUUCAAUUGAGAUGAUCAUUCAGUACGGAUGGCCAGUAGGCUUAAAAGAAAUCUCAUAUUUUUAUGAAAUUAAUCGCAAUCAAAGGAAAGAUUUAAAAUCAAAUGAAGAAUUUGUAAAUCCUUCUGAGAAUUUAGACCGAAAUGCCGUGAUUGUCUUGUCCUCAGGAACAACAGGAUUACCAAAAGGAGUUCAAAUAACUGAGAGAAACUUUUUGGGAUUAUUUACUCAAAAUAUUGAUGGAAAAGCACUAAACGGCAACGAUGAAUGUGUAAUGUCCUGCCUUCCUUGGUUCCACAUUUACGGUCUUAUAGGAAUCAUAUCUACUGCUACCUUAAGAAUUGUCCUCGUUUACCUUCCUAGGUUUGAAGAUCACAUUUUUCUCAGUUGCAUCGAGAAGUAUAACGUCAAAAGCACAUUCCUAGUUCCACCUUUGAUGGUUUUUCUAGCCAAGCAUCCGUUAGUUGAUAAAUAUAACCUGAGUAGUUUGUAUGAAGUACACUGUGGAGCUGCACCGCUUAGCAAAAAAGUCGAAGAUGCAGUAAUGGCUAGGAUACCAAAUGUAAAAAUAAUCAGACAAGGAUAUGGUUUAUCCGAAACAACGGCCGGUGUAUUAAUAAUGCCUAAAGACAGAUACAAAACAGGUAGCGUUGGAACUGUCGUUAUCGGGACUUACUGCAAAGUUGUUGAUCCUGAAACAGGGGAGAUCCUGGGGCCAAAUCAAUCAGGAGAACUCUGCUUCAAAGGACCUCAAAUUAUGCGAGGAUACAUUGGGAAUGAUGCUGCAACAAAGGAUACAAUGGACAAGGACGGUUGGCUCCAUACAGGAGACGUUGGAUACUACGACGAAGAUAAAUUCUUCUUCAUUGUUGAUCGUUUAAAGGAACUCAUCAAAUACAAAGGCUUCCAAGUUCCUCCUGCUGAGUUAGAAGCUCUCCUUGUGGCUCAUCCAAAAGUCCUUGAUGCUGCUGUUAUAGGACUUCCAGAUGAUGCUGCUGGAGAACUUCCUCUGGCUUUUGUUGUCAAAAAACCCAACACGGAUGUUACAGAGAAGGAAAUUAAGGACUACAUCGCCAGCAAAGUGACCAACUACAAACAACUACGCGGUGGUGUACGCUUCAUUGAUGAAAUACCAAAGAAUCCAAGUGGGAAAAUUCUACGAAGGGAAUUAAGGGACAAACUAAACCAAACCAGAUCCAAAUUGUAA